CAAUGAACCCUAUCGCAACUUCGAACCAUUUGUCACAUUCUUUCUCAUCUCAAUAGACCAAAUCACAUGCUCACAAGACUAACUCAUCGUCGUGGUCCUGUGAUUCCGUCUUUACAAAAACUACAAUGUCUUUCUCUUCUCCACCGAACCUUCUCCCUGUGGUCCAUGAAGAAGGAUCCAGACCUCGAAUCCGCGCUCUCCCGCAACCGCCGCUGGAUUGUCAACAACCAGAUCAAGAACAUCAUCCUCCGCUAUCCAAACCAAGAGAUCCCCAUUGCAUCCCUUCAGAAGAAGUUCAAAACCCUUGACCUCAAAGGCAAAGCCCUGAACUGGCUCCGCAAGUACCCUUCCUGUUUCGAUGUUACUUUCACCGGCAAUGAACACCGCUGUCACCUCUCCAAGCGCAUGAUGAGCCUCGUCGAAGAAGAGGAAUCUGUUAGGGAGUCUCAAGAAAAUGCUUUCAUUUGCAGGUUAGCAAAAUUACUUAUGAUGAGUGUUAACAAGAGGAUUAAUGUUCUGAAAAUCAACGAGCUGAAAAGGAAUUUAGGAUUUCCCGAUGAUUACGUGAUUAGGAUUGUUGCAAAGUACCCAAAUUUGUUCCGUGUUGUUAACGAGGGCGGGAGGAGGAGCUCUAUGGAGAUUGAAUUGGUUCACUGGGACCCUGAAUUUGCUGUAUCCACAGUGGAAAUUGCGGCCAGGAGGAGCGGCAAUACAAGGCCAACGUUCUCGUGUUCUUUGCCUUUCAGUUGGGUGAAAUCAUGGGAGAGAUUCCGUGAAUUCGAUUUGGUUCCUUACUUUUCGCCUUACAUGGACCCCAGGGAAUUGGUGGAAGGGUCGAAAGAGAUGGAGAAGAGGAAUGUGGGAUUGGUACAUGAGGUGUUGUCUUUGACUCUUUGGAAGAAAGCCUCAAUAGUGAAGUUGGGUCAUUUUAGGAGGGAGUUUGCUUUGCCUGAUAGGUUGAAUGUGUUGUUGCUCAAGCACCCUGGGAUUUUCUAUGUUUCCAACAAGUAUCAGAUUUACACAGUUCUUCUUAGGGAGGCCUAUGUUGGGUCUGAACUUGUUGAAAAGGAUCCUCUGGUUGUUGUGAAGGAGAAAUUUGGGGAACUGAUGCAGGAAGGGCUUCAUGAGUACAAUCAGAGGCGGCGCCUCAUAAAUACGGAGAAGAGGAGGAAGAAAGGUGUUCCUUUGGCUAGAGUAGAUGAAGUAAAGUGUAAGAGGAGAAGAAGUGAAAAUGCUGACUCAGAUGAUGAUGAGGAUGGAGACAACAAGCCGGGAGGUUUGUUUGACCCAGAGGAAAGGAAACGGUUUUAUAAAGUUCUGUUUGAUGAUGAUACUUCAUGAAAUUCUGAGACGGUUUCUUCGCAUAGCAGGUGCUGAUUCAGAGUAGAUUGGUUCUUGAACUCCCUCCUUUGGUAAACUCUGGAUCAAAUCAUAUGCUAUUAGUUCUUAAUGUCAGUCUCAUGCUCUCAUUUAUGCUGACUUUAUUUUUCCCAUUUCUUUUUUGUUGGCUAAACAAAUUAACUGUUGCUUUUAUGAUGAAUGUGCUUUGUCAUAGCAUCUGUAUAGUUCAUGUUGUAUUUCGAUAUGCCCUGGGAUGAAAAUUAUUGAAGCUGGAACUUUGAACACGAUUCAAGCCUUUUCCAUUCCAUAUGCCUUUCCUCCCACUGCCAUCAUUAACCGUUCCUUUCCCUUGUGCUGCCAUUAUUGAUGAUGUUCCUCUAGACCUUGUACUUGUUCUUCUUCUUCAUCAUCAUCUUCUUCUCUUAUGCAUUCCCUUUAUCACUAUACCUCUAAUCAUUGUUGUUAUUAUUAUUAUUUUCUUGCUGUCACGGUAAUUGGCAGCGGGUAGAAAUGGUGGAGAGGGGAGACAGGGCUGUGCACACUGCCUUUGGAACCCAUGGUAUCUGAGGGCACUUUGUAUACUCUGUUCACUUAUUUUAUCAUCAUCAUGUAACUGAAUGAUCCACUGCUUUGCAUUCUUAGUGAAUCUGUGCUACUAUUGUAGAUAUUGAUCCGUGAAUUUCUUCUCUUGUAUGUUAAUACUAUGAUAAUCUUUAGCAUCAUGUCUCACAUUCGACAAAAGUUAGUUUCUUCCAUGUCUAUCUCAUUAUGGUUUUUGUUAUCUUAAUUAGGUUGGAAAGAAAACUCGACAUUUUGGAGUAUUGUGUUGCGUGGGGUUCCAAAUUUAGGUCUCUCAUUGACCUCUUUCUGGCAAUGAUUCCCUUUAUUUAAGCUCAGAAAUUUCAGAAGUUAGUGCAGUGCACGAUGUUGUAUAUAAUCUCUGUAAAUAAUCACACCUUUGUAAUUUGAAGGGAAACUAAUUCCUUUGGAAGAAUAAUGUUCAAUCAUAGAUCUUCAAUAAGAUA